GGGCUGCUCCUCUGUAGCUGAAGGGAAAUUGUCCCCCGUGACAACGUGCAGAGCGGCGGAGCGCCAAGAUGCCCCACAGUAAACAGACGCGGGUUCUGCACCUCAACGAAAUGGAGAAACUGGAGAAGACCCUCUUCAGGCUUGAGCAAGGUUUUGAACUGCAGUUUAGACUGGGCCCAACUUUGCAAGGUAAACAUGUUACAGUGUAUACCAACUACCCAGCUUCAGGAGAAAUAUUUGAUCGUCACAAGUUCAGGCCACUGUCAUGGCACAAUCCAACAGGAAGAGAGGAUGAUUCUGACAAAUAUUGUAAGCUGGAUCUUCAGAUUUCUGGAUCAUACCAGUAUUAUUUCAGCCUUGAGCAUGAGAAAAGUGGUGGAGGUUACAUAGUUGUGGAUCCUAUUUUGCGUGUUGGAGCUGAUAAUCAUGUAUUGCCUUUAGAUUGUGUAACACUCCAGACAUUCCUAGCUAAGUGUCUGGGACCAUUUUAUGAAUGGGAGGAUCGGCUUAAAGUCGCAAAAGAAUCAGGUUACAACAUGAUUCAUCUUACACCACUGCAGAAGCUUGGACGUUCUAGAUCAAGUUAUUCUCUGGCUGAUCAGUUAGAAGUAAAUCCUGAUUUUUCAAGCCCCAAUUUUAAGUGUACUUGGAGUGAUAUAGGAAAACUAGUGGAAAAAAUGAAAAAUGAAUGGAAUAUGCUUUGUAUCACAGAUGUAGUCUACAAUCAUACUGCUGCUAACAGUGAAUGGCUCAAGGUUCAUCCAGAAUGUAGUUAUAAUCUCAUCAAUUCUCCACACCUGAAACCAGCCUGGGUCUUGGACAGAGCUCUUUGGCACUUAACAUGCAGCGUGGCUGGAGGGAAAUGCACAGAUAGAGGAGUGCCUCCUUCAAUUGAAAAUGACCAUCAUCUGAAUUGUAUUCGUAAAAUAAUUUGGGAGGAUCUUUAUCCCAGAACAAAACUAUGGGAAUUUUUCCAAGUGGAUGUUAACAAAGCUGUGCAGCAAUUUAAGACCCUUCUAACACAAGGUACAAAGAACACCAAAUCUGAACCAAAUAAACACCUUAAAAUAAUUCAGGAUCCCAAAUAUAGACGACUUGGCUGUACUGUUGAUAUGGAUACAGCAUUGGCAACAUUCAUACCGCAUAGCAAUGGUCCAGCUGCAAUAGAAGAGUGCUGUAACUGGUUCCGCAAGAGAAUUGAAGAAUUAAAUGCUGAGCAGUUUCGACAAGUUAACCAUCAUCAAGAGCAGGCUGUCAAUUGUCUUGUGGAGAAUGUGGUUUAUGAACGAUUGGCUGGCCAUGGUCCUAAACUGGGUCCUGUUACUAGAAAAUACCCUUUAGUUACCAGAUAUUUUACUUAUCCAUUUGAAGAUCAAACUUUGGAAGAGGAAGAAUUGCUGAUGCAUCAAUCUGAUAAAGCUUGUCAUUUCAUGGCCCAUAAUGGAUGGGUAAUGGGAGAUGAUCCUUUGAGGAAUUUUGCUGAACCAGGCUCAAAUGUUUACCUAAGAAGAGAGCUUAUCUGCUGGGGAGAUAGUGUCAAACUUCGUUAUGGGAAGAAGCCAGAAGACUGCCCUUACCUCUGGGCACACAUGAAAAAAUACACUGAAAUCACUGCCAAAUAUUUCCAUGGUAUACGCCUUGACAACUGCCACUCAACACCUAUUCACGUAGCAGAGGACAUGCUAGCAACAGCCAGGUCAGUCAGACCUAAUCUUUAUGUGAUAGCUGAACUCUUCACUGGCAGUGAGUAUAUUGACAAUGUCUUUGUCAACCGCCUGGGAAUUACCAGUCUGAUUAGAGAGGCAAUGAGUGCAUAUAACAGUCACGAAGAAGGGAGAUUAGUUUACCGCUUUGGAGGAGAACCAGUUGGGUCUUUUGUUCAGCCACGUUUGAGACCUUUAAUGCCAGCUAUUGCGCAUGCACUAUUUAUGGAUAUUACACAUGAUAAUGAAUGUCCAAUUCAGCAUCGAUCUGCAUAUGAUGCUCUUCCCAGCUCAAUGAUUGUUUCCAUGGCGAGCUGUGCUACAGGAAGCACCAGGGGUUAUGAUGAGCUAGUACCACAUCAGAUUUCUGUAGUCACUGAAGAAAGAUUUUAUGCUAAAUGGAAUCCAUCAGCAACACCUUUGACUCCUGGUGAAGUUAAUUUCCAAACAGGAAUUAUAGGAGGAAGACUGGCUAUGAACAGGCUGCACCAAGAAUUGGCAAUUAAAGGCUUUAUUCAGGUGUAUGUGGAUCAAGUUGAUGAAGAUAUAGUUGCAGUAACUAGGCACUGUCCUAACACACACCAGUCUGUAGUGGCUGUUUCUCGCACUGCUUUCAGGGAUCCCAAAACAUCCUUCUACAGCAAAGAAGUGCCUGAAAUGUGCAUCCCAGGCAAAAUUGAAGAGGUAGUACUAGAGGCUAGAACUGUUGAGAGAGAUGUUAGCCCUUAUGAGAAAGAUGAGCAUGCUAUCAACGGACUACCUAAUUACACAGUGGAAAUCAGGGAGCAUAUCCAGAUCAAAGAAAGUAAAAUUAUAAAGCAAGCUGGAACUGCCAUAAAGGGUCCCAAUGAAUUUGUUCAAGAAAUAGAAUUUGAAAAUUUAACACCAGGAAGUGUGAUAAUAUUCAGAGUUAGUCUUGACCCGAAGGCACAAGAGGCUGUUGGUGUACUUCGUAAUCAUUUGAUCCAAUUCAGUCCACAUUUUAAAUCUGGAAGUCUUCCUGAUGACCACUCAGCACCUAUCUUAAAAACUCUGUUCUCAUCUAUUGCAUCUAAAUUAACUUUGGCUGAUCUAAAUCAAGUACUAUACCGGUGUGACGCUGAGGAACAAGAGGAUGGCGGAGGAUGUUACAACAUACCAAACUGGUCACCCCUUAAAUAUGCAGGUCUCCAAGGGUUAAUAUCAGUGAUGGCAGACAUCAGACCAAAGAAUGAUUUGGGUCAUCCAUUUUGUGAUAACUUGAGGUCUGGAGAUUGGAUGAUUGACUACGUUAGUGAUCGUCUAAUUUCACGUGCAGGAGCCUGUGCAGAAGUCGGCAAAUGGUUGAAGGCCAUGUUCAUCUAUUUAAAGCAGAUACCACGUUACCUUAUUCCGUGUUAUUUUGAUGCCAUAUUAGUGGGUGCAUACACAACUCUUCUAGAUGUGGCAUGGUGUCAAAUGUCUAGCUUUGUUCAGAAUGGAUCGACCUUUGUUAAGCACCUGGCCUUGGGUUCAGUCCAGAUGUGUGGGAUAGGAAAAUUUCCUUGUCUGCCAAAUCUAUCUCCUGCCUUGCAUGAUGUCCCUUAUAGGGUGAAUGAAAUCACAGAACAAAAGGAACAGUGCUGCGUUACCUUGGCAGCUGGUUUACCUCAUUUUUCUUCUGGUAUUUUCCGCUGCUGGGGAAGAGAUACCUUUAUUGCACUAAGAGGUCUAAUGUUGGUUACUGGCCGUCAUCUAGAAGCAAGGAACAUCAUUUUGGCAUUUGCUGGUACGCUAAGGCAUGGUCUUAUCCCCAAUCUUCUUGGCCAGGGGAUUCAUGCCAGAUACAACUGCCGUGAUGCUGUGUGGUGGUGGCUUCAAUGUAUACAGGAUUACUGUAAAAUUGUUCCAAAUGGUACAGACGUUCUCAGGUGUCCUGUUUCUAGAAUGUAUCCUAAAGAUGACUCUUGUCCUCAGUCUGCAGGCACUUUGGAUCAGCCAUUGUAUGAAGUAAUACAGGAAGCAAUGCAACAACACAUGGAAGGUAUACAGUUCCGAGAAAGGAAUGCUGGUCCACAGAUAGAUCGGAAUAUGAGGGAUGAAGGUUUCAAUGUGACUGCAGGUAUCAACCAUGAAACUGGCUUUGUCUGUGGAGGCAACCGCUUUAAUUGCGGCACAUGGAUGGAUAAAAUGGGAGAGAGCGAGAGAGCUCGCAACAAAGGAAUUCCAGCUACUCCAAGAGAUGGGUCUGCUGUGGAAAUAGUUGGACUGUGCAAGUCAACUGUUCGUUGGUUGCUCGAGUUGUCUAAGAAAAAUGAGUUUCCUUACCAUGGAGUCACAGUAAAAAGGCAUGGAAAAGAGGAAACUAUUACAUAUGAUGAAUGGAACAGAAAAAUUCAGGGACACUUUGAAAAGCUGUUCUUUGUCUCAGAGAACCCAUCAGACCCCAAUGAGAAAUAUCCAAAUCUUGUUCAUAAGCGUGGCAUAUAUAAGGACAGCUAUGGAGCUUCUAGUCCUUGGUGUGAUUAUCAACUCAGGCCAAAUUUUACAAUAGCAAUGGUAGUGGCUCCUGAAAUGUUCACUCCUGAGAGAGCUUGGAAGGCUCUGGAGGUAGCAGAAAAAAAACUGCUUGGUCCCCUGGGCAUGAAAACUUUAGACCCAGACGAUAUGGUUUACUGUGGAAUAUAUGAUAAUGCCCUAGACAAUGACAACUAUAAUGUUGCUAGAGGUUUUAAUUACCACCAAGGACCUGAAUGGCUUUGGCCCAUUGGAUAUUUCCUUCGUGCAAAGCUAUACUUUUCGAAGUUAAUUGGUCCAGAGAUGUAUGCAAAAACUGUAUUUCUGGUAAAGAAUGUUCUCUCACGCCACUAUGUUCAUCUUGAGAGAUCAUCUUGGAAGGGACUUCCAGAGCUGACCAAUGAAAAUGGGCAGUAUUGUCCUUUCAGCUGUGAAUCACAGGCCUGGUCAAUUGCUGUUAUCCUCGAGGUUCUUUAUGACUUGUAAAUGUUACCGUUUGAUUGCCUGGUUAAAUUUUGCUAUCUCCUUGUUAUAAAGCAUAGUUGGAUAAUUUGCUCAUAGUGUAAUGAAAAUGUCCUGUUUUGCACAGUCCCUUUAAACAACUGUGACCUAAUUUUCAAACAUACUGAGAACCUACAGCUCUCAUCUACCUUACAGUUUUUGUGGGUGCUCAGUCCAUUUGAAAAUUAAGCUAUUAGGAUUUUAAAUUGUGUACAUAACUGCAGUGCUUCUUUAGUACAGAAACAUUUAGAAAGCAAUGACUUCGAGAAGGUGCACAAGGACAUUUUAAAAUGGUGCCUGACUUGUAGAUAUUUGGAAUUUUAAAAUGUAUUGUGGAUAGCCAGCUGUUAAAAAAGCAUGUGAAAUAAUUUAGACAUAUUUUAAUUUAAAAUCAAAUAGUUCCAAGGUCUGAGUCUAAAUUCACAAGGUUCUUUUUUUUUCCAUGUCCUCCAUUAAAGUAAAUGGUUGGCGUGCACACUUUACUGGGGAGAAAAGAUUAGACUUUGGCUUUUCUUAGUUUCAUGUGAUUUAUGCUGCAGUGGUAUAUUUUAAAGAUGAAAGUGUGAUUUUUAUUUUUUUUAUGUCUGCUGAAAAGUGUGUUCUAUGCGUGUUUUAUGUAGCUACUUCUCAGUGUUCAGUUGAACACCCCAUCGAAUGACAAUGAAAAUAAAGUUUACAAAUAAUAUAAGAAACUGCUUUUAUGGAGGGGUAUAUAAAAUAUUCAGUAACAUUUAAACUUGAGGGCUCUAACUCUGAGCAAUGACAUGGGUAUAAUUCUGUGCAAGUACCCUUCAUAGAUUACUUUCAUGUUCUGGACCACAAGCCAAAUUUGUAUUUUAAUUUGGUUUAAAAUACACAUCUCUUGGUGCAUUGUGUUUUUACCAAUACGAGGAAACCAGAAGAAACAGAUCACAGAACAAUGCACAGGACAUGCCUCAGGUGAGGUCAGAGGUCCAGAAGUCUACAAGCUUGGUUGCUGACUGUAUAAUUAGUUGGAAAGAGUGACGCAUUCAAUUCUGCCCUUGCCUCUAGUGAAAUCCUGCUUCCACUGAGGCGAAUAGAAAAAUGCUCUUUCAGUGGGGUGAUGGUUUAACCCUAGAAAUAUAAGACAACGGGUUUUCAAAACCUCUUAUGCCAGUAAAAGUGAGGAUACUGAGGACCACCUGUCAUUCUUAUGCAACCUGAUUAUUUGGGGAAGUCAUUUGUUCUGUAGUGGAGAUGUACAGCUUCUACCCAGCAUUUUCAGAUUUGAGCAAUGGACUGCAUUUGGAAUUCUAAGUCUGUAUCCAUUUGGAUUUUCUGCUAUUACCCAAAGUAAUGAAUGAACAAAACCCAAACUAUAUAACCUGUAAUAACAUGCAUAGAAUCACAGCAGGAAAUAAAGAGCUGCAUAGUUUGAAGAAAUGUAUUGGCAACGUGAAUUGAAAACGCAGACCUGGACUACUUCUUAGUUUGCUAUUGUUACAUCUGGCAUGUCGUAUUAGAUCGAUAGUUUAAAAUUUUCCCAGGCUCUUUUAAAAUGUGGCAUUCGCACCUACUUAAUCCCUGAGUAUGUACCAUUUUUACUUAAAUCCAAAAUGACACUGAAUUUAAGAUAACCCUCCCCAAUAAUUAGAUUCUGCACAUGGAUAAUCUGUUUAUUUGUUAACAUUUUUCAUGUAAAAAUCUAACUAUUGGAAAGUCGUCAUCAAUUCAUAUGCCACAGUUGUGGGCAAGGCAGGAGAGGGUGGGAAGCAGUAGGCAAAGGAAUGACAGGGGUAGACUCCCCACACUUUUUGCUCUCCCCCACCACACCUGUCUUGCCUGCCACUUGCCUCAUCCCAGUGCCUGCCCAUGCUCAGCCACUUACCUCACCACUUCAUGCCUUCUACCCCCUGUGCUACUUAGCCUAUGCAGGAGCUCUGGCCUGAAGCAGAAAGCACAGUGGCUUCAGCCCCAGCCAAGCAGCAGUGGCAGCUCUGACCCUGGGUCAGGGCUGGAGCUGAAACCAGAGCAGGAACUGCAGCAGCUCCCUUGCCACUGUGCAGUCUCUCCUGUGCUCCCCCACUUCACCUCCCCCUGCAGUGCUCUGCCCCCUUGUGCUAUCAACCCCAUAUUUUCCUCUCCCCUCUCCCCCCCUGCACUGUAAGGUCUAUCCCAAGUUGGAGCUGGAGCCACAGCAGCCACCUGCCCUGGCCGUGCUCAAGUCUAAGAUGACGUUUCUUUCUCCUACCAUUUCCCCUCACCCCAUGCUUUCCUGUAUAAUGUGUAGCUGAAUAAACUUGUAGAAGUAACUUUAGUAAUUAGAUAUAGGUCACUUAUGAAAGUGUACUAUUACAAUUUUAUAUUUUGUCUCUUAUUCCAAAAGUUUCAAAUCAUGGAAAGUAAUAGUUAAAAUAAAAUUUCUCUUUUCCUUUUGGGCUUGUUUUGUAAGCUUUUGAAAUAAAUCCUCUGGGAUUUUGACUUCAUCUAAUUUGACACAUUAUGUGAAAAAUUAAACAAAUAAAGGUAGAAGUGAUUCACUAUUCUAAAAUAUACAGAAUUAGAUAGUAAGACUUUUGACAAACUUUAUUUGAAAAAUCAACAGCCGCCCAGUAAAAGAAAAUGUAUACCAUUUCAAAUUAGCUUACUAUGUUUAUAUCUUUUUUUGUACAUUUAAAAACUAAUAGUGUCUGAACAUCCCCAAAUGUUGAUUAUACAUGAAAGAUGUAAGAAAUUCUAUUAAUAGUUUUGACUCUUGUUGUAGUCCCAUAACACUGUAAGUUCAUUUCUAAUUUACCAUUGAAGGUACAUUUAAUUAUUACUGUGGUUUAGAAAUAAGGAAUAUUAUAAUGCAUGUCAUGUUUUUUAUAUUUUUCAUUUAAAGUAUUUUGAAAUUUGAAAGUUUGAACUAUGUUUGUAUUAAGUAAUUUGCACAGAAUAAGGAGUUGUAUACAUUGCAAUAAUAGUCUUUAAUAUAGGAAGUAAUCUGAGAGAGAUUAUUGUGCUCUAAAACUUUCCCAUUCUAUUUUAAUUGACAAAAGUUGUGUGAACUGUACGGUUGACUAAUAAAGUGCACGCUUUUCAUUGCUAGUUUAUUUUUUAAAGCUUAAAAUAUUUAAAAAUAGAAGUUACCUCUCUACACAGAUAUGUGCAUAUAUAAUAAUUAUGAAUUCUGAAAACUGAUGCAUGUUUAAUGUAUUGCUUCUGCACUGAUUUUAACUGAAGGCAGCUCUAGUAACAGAUGGACAUUAAGGCUGCUUGCAGAUGUGG